GGGUGAUAAGAAUUUGGACCAACAAACUGGGCUGCGCUGGCCCGCGUCUCUAUGGUUGGCGAGGCGACCGGAAGGGGAAGAAGGGAAGGAGGCGGAUAGCGUAAGGAUCGGGGCUGCUGCCGCCACCCGGACCGAGGCGAGAUGGCGGCCGCCCAGGUGGCGGCGGAGGCCGACAUGGUCGCGGAGAGCUCGGCGGCCGGGGAGCCGGAGCAGCCCAGGCCGAAGCCCAAGACCGAGGCGGUGGCGGCGGCGGCUGCGGCUGCUGCUGCUGCGGCGGCUGCGGCGGCGGCUGCGGAGGCGGAAAGCGACUCCUUCCCGGAGGACUACGGGCUGAUGCGCCUCGACUCGCCCACCUACGUCCUGUACAGCACUGAAAAGAAAAUGUAUAUUUACAGGGACAGACCAGAAUGGGCUGAUAUAGAGCCGGUGCCCCAGAAUGAUGGGCCAAAUCCAGUGGUCCAGAUAAUUUAUAGUGAAAAAUUUAGAGAUGUUUAUGAUUAUUUCCGGGCUGUUCUGCAACGUGAUGAAAGAAGUGAACGAGCUUUUAAAUUAACUGGAGAUGCUAUUGAGCUAAAUGCAGCUAAUUAUACUGUGUGGCAUUUUCGGAGAGUUCUCUUAAAGUCUCUACAAAAGGAUCUAAGUGAAGAAAUGAAUUAUAUUACUGCAAUAAUUGAGGAACAGCCCAAAAACUACCAAGUCUGGCACCACAGGCGAGUAUUAGUGGAGUGGCUAAAGGAUCCAUCUCAGGAGCUUGAUUUUAUUGCUGAUAUUCUUAACCAGGAUGCAAAGAACUACCAUGCCUGGCAACAUCGACAGUGGGUCAUUCAGGAGUUCAAACUUUGGGAUAAUGAGCUGCAAUAUGUAGACCAACUUCUCAAAGAAGAUGUGAGAAAUAACUCUGUCUGGAACCAAAGACACUUUGUAAUUUCUAACACUUCAGGCUACAAUGAUCCUGCUAUCCUGGAGAGAGAAGUCCAAUAUACUCUAGAAAUGAUAAAAACAGCACCACAUAAUGAAAGUGCAUGGAACUAUUUAAAAGGGAUUUUGCAAGAUCGUGGCCUUUCCAAGUAUCCCAAUCUGUUAGAGCAAUUGUUAGAUUUACAGCCAAGUCACAGUUCUCCCUACCUGAUUGCCUUCCUUGUGGACAUAUAUGAAGAUAUGCUAGAAAACCAAUGUGACAACAAGGAAGAUACACUUAAUAAAGCAUUAGAGUUAUGUGAAAUUCUAGCUAAAGAAAAAGACACUAUAAGAAAGGAAUAUUGGAGAUAUAUUGGAAGAUCCCUUCAAAACAAACACAGCACAGAAGGAAGUUUGCCAACAGAUAAGCAGCAGUAACAGCAUUCAGAAGACACUAAUGGAAUAGUUUUAUUUUUAAAGAAACUUGGAACAAGGAAGUGUGACAUGGCUUAAAACCAGAGGGAUCAUUUCCUUCUACCUGUGUGGGUGUGUGACAGCAAGUGCAUUGCACAGGUAUUGCUUCCUAACAAGCACUAAGCAUAAUAAGUACUCUUUGGGCACUGCUGCUAUUCAAACUAACUCUAGAAGUAUUAAUUUGGCUGUCUUUUUAAAGUAAAAUAAUUCCUUAAAAUAACAAUCCCCAAAUGAAUUGUUGAAUAAUAAAUAAUUCCAUGUUUGUUUAUUUUUAAAGGCCCUAAACAGUCUGUUCUUUUCACCUAUUUCUUACCACUCAGCUCCUUCCUAAAUAGUAUAUAUGAAUUCAGACUUGCAGCGGUAACAAUUGCAGAUAACUUGUAUGUUGUGGAGGUAACAUAGACUAUAAGUAAGGAACACAAUUGCUGCAGUACAUUAGAGCUAUUACAGAAGCUGCACUGGUAAUAUCUUGCUAUCGCUUUCACUGACUAAAUGACAAAAUGAUUUUGUAAUAAAACUGUAGAUACACCUGAAACAGUA